AUGAGUCAACCGACAGAAUCUCGUGCAGAAACUUCGCACGAAAACAUUAAUUCUCCGAUUGAUUCCUUAUGUUCAUCCGACACUUCGUCCAAACGUUCCGAUUCGGGCACUGAUUCAGAAGAAGAUUACCAAUCCGAAUUCGAAGAAGAUUGCUACACGGAAAGAAACAAUAAGGCGAUUUUGGACGAUACGAUGAAAUACGAUGAGAGAAGUUCGUAGUUUUUUGAAAGUUUUUUAUUAGCGAAAUGAAACUGCGUGUUUUUCAGUGGCAUCGUGGGCAAAACUGAGUGAUGAAGACUUGAGUCGAAUGUACUUUCUGCUGUCGACUACCCAAUCAAGAAGAGGUUUUUACUUCGAUUUCGAAAUGACCGGACUAUUUUUUUCAGCGAUUUCGACAUAUUUCGACUGUACAGAAGUAGCUAAUAAGAUGAACAUGAAGAAGAAUAUUGUGACAGGCGCGUUCGACGACCCAGUCAGUUUGAAAACCCGGAUUUCCUCCUCAUAUUAACGAAUUUGCAGGCUCGACGAAAGAUUUUUGGCCUCAAAGGUCACUCGUCCAAAGGAUCUCGUGCCUUUUGCCUGUUGCGAUUCUUUUAA